AUGGGCCUCCUGAUCCAGCGCGGGCUCUGUGGGGAGGCAGCGCGGCUGCAUCGGGCGGCGCGGGGAGUACGGCGCGGCUGCGUCGGGCCGCGCGGGGAGGGCGGCGCAGCUGUGGGGAGGCGGCGCGGGGAGGACAGCGCGGCUGCAGGGAGGCGGCGCGCCUGGGUCAGGCGGCACGGGGAGCACGGCGCAGCUGCGGGGAGGCGGCACGGCUGCGUCGGGCGGCGCGAAGAGGAUGGCGCAGCUGUGAGGAGUCGGCGCGGGGAGCACGGCGCAACUGCGGCGGCGCGGGGAGAUUGCUGGGUUCGUCGAGAUUCUGAAGCGUCGGCUUCGUCGGGUACGCCGUAUCCUCAAGUGCUCCUCCACGAAGACUCUGCCUAA